UAAAAAAAAAUACUAAAAAUCAAAAUUUAAUCUUUGUUUCCUAGUAACUAUCGAUUUCAACUUCCAGAUGAAAAAUUAUACACCAGUUUCGUUGUUUCUUUGCUGAUAUCAAAUCUUCUACAACCCACAUUGUUUUUUGUUUAUUCAUCUUUCUUGUUUGAAGCACAUAGUAAAAAGCUUCAAAUUGGGACUCCAACUCCUAAAAUUAAUAGGCUUUUUGCUUCUUCAAGCCCGAAGAUUGGUCUGGAUCCAUCUUUCGACUUGCAUGCAUUCACUCAAUCUCUUGUUAAGGAAGAUGGAAAACAACUUAUUGCUACCCCCAAGGUAGUUCAACAAAAAAUGGUUACACAAAAUGAUGGCAAAAGGAAGGGGAAAGAAAUUUCGCUUGGAUUGUCAAACGAAAUCGCUUCUAAUUCUGAUUUUGAAGAUGAAAUUGCUUCUCCUACUUCUAAGAAAAAGAAGGUUGACAGUGGUAAAACAUCAAAUCCGAAGAAAGAAAAUGAGGUUCAUAUAUUGUUUUAUAAAAAGAGGUUUAAAAGGGUCAAACAUCAAAGAGGACCCGUGCAAAACCGAAAUUGAAGGUAAAGAAGAUGCAAACGAGAUUUUGUACUUACACCAACAUCAAAGCUAUUGAGCAUAUAAAGUCGCGACUAAAGUCUAAGAAGCAAUUGCAGAUGUUUAGGGAGUUCCCAUUUGGAUAUUUUCUUGAUUUACCGAAUAUCAAGGUUCACCCACAACUCAUUCGCAGCUUGAUGUAUGGGGAGAUUGAUAAUGAUAGAGAUGAUAUGUUUAUCAUCAAGUUGAAUGGGGAAGAGCUCUAUUUUAGGAUAAGAGAGUUUGCCAUUAUCAGUGGUUUGAAAUGCGGCAUGCCGAGUGAAUUUGUUCUGGACCAUAAUUCACCAAAUAGGUUAACGAAUAGUUACUUUCCCAAUCAACAAAGAGUACUAAAGAGUGAGUUGAUAAAUUUUUAUGAAGGAAGCAUUUGCGUGGGUGAUGACGAUCUUGUAAAAAUCUUCAUUCUGUAUUUUAUUAGCACAUUCCUAUUCUCAACUGAGCCUUCCAAAUCUUACGUAUCUAGGCUGCUCUUUGACUUAGUUGAGAAUGGUGAAUAUAGGAACUAUCCUUUGGGAAACGAUUGUUUUAACGAAACUCUUGGUUCUGUUAGUCACCAAUUGAGUGGUGAUCCAUCGUAUUAUAGGGUUAGGGGCUUUCAACUUGCUUUGCAGGUUUGGUUUUAUGAAUGUUGCUCGAAGGUUGAUCCUUUUGUUGCUACUCGUAUUGGAAACCACAUCCCUCGUAUUCUUAAUUGGCAAACAUCCCAGGAUAUAUUGUACUUUGACUAUCUGAAGAGGGGGAUGUUCAAAACUUAUGGGAAUCAGGUGGGUUUUUCCAACAGCACACCAGCAAAUGAUGAAUUUCCACUUCUCACUGAGUUACCAGAUGUGCCACGACCACAUACUACCACAAGUGAUACACCAUCUGUACACGGUUCUGAGUUUGAGGCAUUGAAGAAUGAGGUUGUAAAUGUUCGUGAAGAUUUGAAACUAUUUCAGAAGAAGGUAUUUGUCGGAUAUUAUAAAUUAUAA